AUGGACAGAGGCAGCCACCGGAAUGUUUCUCCAGCAAGGACACCACCUCAGGCUUCUCCAGCAAGGACACCUCCUCAGCCUUCUCCAGCAAGAACACCUACUCAGCCUUCUCCAGCAAGGACACCUCCUCAGCCUUCUCCAGCAAGGACACCUCCUCAGCCUUCUCCCGCAAGAACAUCUCCUGUCCUGGCAUCUCCAGCAAGGACAUCUCCAGCCCGGGCAUCUCCAGCCCGGGCUUCUCCUCCUCAGGCUUCUCCAGCCAGGUCGUCUCCAGUUGGGGUAUCACCUACCAGGUCAUCGUCGGGCAGGUCAUCAUCUGCCAGGUCAGCCUCCACGACAUCCUCCCCAACGAGAGUGUACCUUGUUAGAGCAACACCAUUGGGGGCUGUCCCCAUCCGGGCAUCUCCUGCCAGGUCAGCAGCAGCCACCAGGGCCACCGGGGAGAGCCCAGGUCCCAGCUCGCCCAAGUUCUCCUGGCAGGAGACCCAGAGACAGCUGCCCCUCAUCGGGUGUAUCAUCCUUCUCAUCAGCCUGGUGAUCUCACUCAUCCUUCUCUUCUACUUCUGGCGAGGCCACACAGGGAUUAAGCACAAAGAACCAAUAGAGAGUUGUUCCAACCACGCCGUUCGCUGUGAUGGAGUGGCAGACUGCAAAAUGAAAACUGAUGAGCUGGGCUGUGUCAGGUUCGACUGGGACAGGUCUCUGCUGAAGGUCUACUCUGGGUCCUCUGGCGAGUGGCUCCCUGUCUGCAGCAGCAGCUGGAGUGACAGCGACUCUAACAGGACCUGCCAGCAGCUGGGUUUUAACAGUGCGUACAGAACAACCGCAGUGGCCCACAGGGACGUCACCAGCAGUUUUCUACUGUCCAAAUACAACUCCACCAUCCAGGAAAGCCUGUACAGGUCUGAGUGUCCUUCUCAGCGGUAUGUCUCCCUCCAGUGUUCCCGCUGUGGUCUGAGAGCUAUGACCGGGCGGAUCGUGGGAGGGGCUGUGACCUCAGAGAGCAAGUGGCCUUGGCAAGUCAGCCUGCACUUUCGCACGACUCACAUCUGUGGGGGCACACUCAUCGAUGCCCAGUGGGUGCUCACCGCUGCCCACUGCUUCUUUGCGACCCAGGAGAUGGUUCUGGAGGGUUGGAAGGUGUAUGCAGGCACCAGUAACCUGCACCAGCUGCCUGAAGCUGCCUCUAUCUCCCAGAUCAUCAUCAAUGGCAACUACACCGAUAAGCAGGAUGACUAUGACAUCGCCCUCAUGAGGCUUUCCAAGCCUCUGACCCUGUCAUCUCACAUCCACCCUGCCUGCCUCCCUAUGCAUGGACAAACCUUUGGCCUCAAUGAGACCUGCUGGAUCACUGGCUUCGGCAAAACCAAGGAGACAGACGAUAAGACAUCUAUCUUACUUCGAGAGGUUCAGGUCAACCUCAUCGACUUCAAGAAGUGCAAUGGCUACUCAGUCUAUGACAGUUACCUUACCCCGAGGAUGAUGUGUGCUGGGGACCUGCGAGGAGGGAGGGACUCCUGCCAGGGAGAUAGUGGAGGACCUCUUGUCUGUGAGCAGAACAACCGCUGGUACCUGGCAGGUGUCACCAGUUGGGGCACAGGCUGUGGCCAGAGGAACAAGCCUGGUGUGUACACCAAAGUGACAGAAGUACUCCCCUGGAUUUACAGCAAGAUGGAGAGCGAGGUACGCUUCCAGAAAUCUUAACCAGUCCUUCCUACAUCGCCGACUGAUAUGAAGAUCCUGGCUAAAGGGACUGGCCAUUUGCUGGACCUGGACCAGUGGUCACCAGGCACAUUUCACCUUCCACCUCUGUCUGCUGUCUCCAUGAGAGUUCAUCUGUGGUGCACAUGUGCUUACAUCAUGCGUGCUUCUGUGUGUGUGUGUGUGUGUGUGUGUGUGUGUGUGUGUGUGUGUUCAAGUUCUUCAGCAAACAGGAAAAUUUGGCUCUUCCCAGAAUCCCAGGCUGGAAAUCUGGAGUUAAGAGUUUGGGCACCAGGUGUGUUCCUAAGAGUCUAUAAGUGGAGGUGGAGCCAAAAAUGAGCCCAGGAAGGGCCUGGAAGAUGACAGCAGCAGAUGUCACUCUUCUUACUCUGAUCUGGAGAACCAGCCCAGAUUGCACAGAUACCCAGCAGCCAGUGUCUGUUGCUGCGCUUGGACAGCAGCAAGUUUUGCCAGAGUCUGCCAUCUCAGUGCCUGGACCAUCUGUCCUUGGUGGAAAGCCAAUCCCAUUGGUGUUGCGAGUUGCAGGCCCUCUCGGCCUCUUGGGAUUGCCGUGGACCCCAGAGCUGGGCUCCACUGUGUCUGUCCAUCUCUGGGUGCUGCUGUGGGUCCCAGAGCUGGCCUCUCCUGUUGGCUGUCCAUCUCUGGGUGAUGACUGUGACCCAGGCUUGCUGUACUUUUGAUCGCAAGCAAUUGGGAUGGAUUUUAUUUUAUUUUUAUAUUUAAAAUAUAGAAAUCAAUGUAAUUUUAAGGAGUCUCAAAAUCCUCGGGGCCUUGGGAAGUUUGGCAUGAAUCAUUUCAUGAGCUCCAGGGGACUCAUGGGAGUUGUACUGCUGAAACAUCCUAUGAUAUAUUAUUGACUUCAUGAAAUUAGGUCAAGUCCUCAAUGAAAUCCUCAGGAAGAACAUCAAGUAUGGCGGCUAGGGCCCUUUGAGAUACUCAGGGAGGAAAAUCGUCAUUUUUGCCAAAAGAUAAAUGCUGCUCUAGCCUUCAAGAACUGCAGCCAGUCUGAAGAACUGAAGAUGUGUGUGCUGCCCUGCUUAACCUCGCAGGGCCCCUGGCAACCCUGGCAAAGUCUAGGCACACCGCAUUAUUUAUACCCAAGGGGCUGAGCUGAGACUAUGCGGUUUGUUUCUGGCUUUCUUCAUCUUUCAAUUUUGUACUGACUCACAUGGCCAUGAGGAGAAAGCAAGAACUGUUCCCAGAAGCUCUGAACAGCCCUUCUGGGAGGCCUAAGUCGUCCUGGUCUUCCUCGAGGCCUUUUCUCUUGGUCACCUGCUUCUCCUCAGCUCCACUCCCCUCACCUUUCUUGUCCCUACCAGACCUCUUGUGAGAUGCCGUCUCAGAGGCAAGUUCAAGAUCAGACCAGCUCGGGACAGUGCACACAAGCUGGAGGUAGCCAGAGUGGUUGGGCAACAUCAGAGCUGGAACAUUAGGGAAUGUCUUCCAGGCUGGGAAGGGGGACAGACUUCACAUCUGCGGGAGUUCCCAGCAAUGAGCUUCAUUAAUAAAAGUG